AUGUCGAUCGAUUCGGCAUCAAAAUCAAUUCAUUGUAAAAAAACAUUAAAAUCGUCAUUAUCUCAAGCAGAUAGUUAUCCAUAUUCCAGACAUUCAUUAAAAGAUUGUAAUAAUAGAUCGUUUUCAAAAAGUCGAACAAUGUCAAUUUCUGAAGAAGCAUCUGGUGAUUUACUUACAGAUCUAUCAUCAUUACCAUAUAAUUCAUACAAACAAACAAAUAAUAAAUGUAACAGAAGAUUUAGUGAAUUAAAACCACCUUUACUACAACAAACUCAAGGAAUAAAUCCUGAACGACGUAAUUCAAUUCCUCAAAUUAAUUUAGGUUUUUUACUUCCAUAUCCUUUUCGUUCGAAAAAGCAUCAACAUAAAAAUACAAUAAAAGACGAUACAAACACAAGUGUUAAUACUCUUACCAAUACUUAUUCAAUACCAUACAACGAUAUGAUGACAAUGAAAACUGAACAACCUUUUUCAUCAGUAAUUACAACAAUUAUAUCUGCUGUAUCAUUUCGUCGUAAAAAAAUUAACAAUAAUUUCGAUGAUGUAUGUUUUAAUUCAAAUCAUCAAUUAGCAAAAUCAUUCACUAUACCAACCAAUAAUUCACGAUCAAGUUUAUCAAUUAGUAAUGAUCGUUUAUCAUCAUCUUUCUAUGAAGAUUCAACAUCAUCAAGAUCUUCUAUGUCAUCUCUAUUUACAUUAGAUUCAAAUCAAUAUGAACCACGAUCGGCUGAAACACUUACAUUAGAAUUACAUACACCUUUAUGCAUCGCAGAAAUUUAUCGUGAACUUUUUUUUGAAAGCUUUCAUAUAAAUUAUUGCGGUGAAUUUGAACAAGAAGGUCCAUUUAUUGCAUCACUACGAUAUUUUUAUAACAAACCAAUUUUAUCAGAUAAUACAUCACAUUCAAUAGACACCAAUACAGAUUGUCAAGCUCGAGCUAUUAUUCGCAUUCCAAGUCGUAAUUAUGAUGUAUCUGUAAUGGUUGAUGGAACAAAUGAAGAUAAUAUUCUUCAAGUAUUAUUUAAUAAAGCAAACUUAUCAGCAAUACAUACAUGUAAAACUAUUGGUGAUCCAAAAGCAAAUGAAAAAAUUUAUCUAUUUGAUAAAUCAAAUGAUGAAAAACAAAAUUUUAAAAUUGGUCUUAUUUAUCAAGGUUUAGAACAAACAAAUGAAUAUGAUAUGUUUAGUAAUGAUAAUUUAACAGAUGAUCUGUCAAAUUUUUUAAAUCUAUUAGCCGAGUCUGUACGUUUAAAAGGUUUUAAUAAAUUUCGUGGUGAUCUUGAUAUAAGAGAUGAUUUACAUGGAGAACAUUCAUAUUAUACUAAAUAUAAAAAUCAUGAAAUUAUGUUUAAUAUAGCACCAAUAAUACCAUCAAAAAAAGCAAAUGGACAAUGCAUUGAACGAAAAAGUCUUGUAGGAAAUGCAUUUGUUUGUAUUGUUUUUCAAGAACAAGAUGCAGAAUUUACACCCGAUUUUAUUUCGGGAAAAGUAACACAAAUCUAUAUAACAGUGCAACCUUGUACGAUUUAUGAAAAUCGUUAUUAUAAAAUUGCUGUUUGGCAUCGUAACGAUUUUACAUCAAUAAUUGAUCCACCCGGUGGAAUAUAUCAAUGUGAUCAAUCAUUUCGUGAUUAUUUUCUUACAUUAUUACUUAAUUCAAUAAAUGCUGCUAUUGAAUCACCAAGUCUACGUUUUCGUGUAGUUGAACAAAGACAACGAAUAAAACAAGAAGAACUUAAGAAACUUUCACAAAGCUUAUGUAUUGCACAAGUUUUAGAUACAACAUCUGAAGUUGAAAAUAUAAACUCUCAUGUAGCUCAACAAUCAAAUUCACGAAGUGAUAGUAUUAUCAGUGCACCACAACCAACAAAUGAGAGUACUAAUUCAGGUUCUGGUCGUGUAUCACCUGUGGUUACAAAAAAAAGAGCUUUAUCGAAAAUAUUCAAUGUAUUUACUAGUCGAUCAGGUUCUAUAUCAUCUACAUCACCAUCUUCAUCUAUACCUUCAAAUUUAGCAACCUCUAAUACAUCACUUGUUAAUUCAACUUCAAACGAAAUAAACACAACACAAGGUCGAACACUUCAAACAUUGAGUAAAGAACCAGAUAAACGACGAUCAUCUGUAAAAAAUCGUUUAGCGCCAGUACCACCAGCUCUAUCUCAUUUAGCUGCUGCACCAUCACAAAUUAUCAUAUCUGCUCAACCAUCAACUCCAACUGUUCUAUUACCAUAUUCAUUUGAUUCAAACAAUGAAAAUUUAACACCACAAAAUAAUCUUUUAAAUCCAACUGCAUUGGAAGAAAUCGUACGUAGUCGAUCCAAUUCGUCGCCAGGAGAUAGUACAAAUUCGACGACCAAAACUUAUUCAUCAACUGUAUCAAAAAUAAAUGAAGAAACCGAUAGUACAAAUAGUUCAAUAUACGAAGAUUAUGAAGAUGAAUUAAGUGAAGAUGAAAAAGUUAAACAUCGUUCAACACUAACUGAACCUCCACUAAUAUUACCAUCAAAUAUAAAUUCAUAA